UUCUCCUUCCUCCAUUUCCAAAUUCCACGCAACGCAAACUCCACAGCCAUGGACGACUCGGAUCAGACCCAAACCGAAACCCCGACCAGGAUCACCGAUCCACUAACAAACGCCUUCGGAUCCCUCAAAGACCUCGCUCCCGAACUCGACUCCCUCCAAGAACUGGCCACGCGCGGAUCGUGGCGCUCGAUUCUCGACAAAGUCUCACGCGCCCGCUCGCUGUCUCUCCUCACUCUGCCCCACCACCACCUGACCUACCUCGCAUACAACGCCCUCGCUUUGAUGAAACUUCGCCGUUUCGACGAUGCUGCCCAAGAGCUCGACUCGCUCGAAGACUUUAACAGCUCCAGUUACCGGUACGAAUCGUACCCACAUGCCUACCCGAACCGGACCGGAUCCAUGGUUCCCUUCUCCCUUCGGUGGCUUCACGCGGUUCUCCCGUUUAAGAUGUUGAACCGGCAGGAAGGUCUUGACCGGUUUUAUCUACUCCUCGAUUUCGUCCGCGAUAAAUUGAGACAAAAAAAGGACGAGAAAUUGGACUUGUCGGCGAGUGUGUGGAGGAAACGAGAAGUUUUUGUGGUUUACAGUUUGAUUGGCUAUCAUUUGACUGGGAAAGAGUUUGGUGUUUGUUUGAAUCUGGUUCGAGAAUUAUUAAAGAAUUCUGACGAUUUUGACCCUGUGUUGGUCUCCAAAUUAGGGUACAUACAGAUGCAAAUUGGGGAUUUGGAGGGCGCUAGUAAGUCGUUUAAUAGGGUCGAGGAAGUGCUUAAGUCGAAGGAGAGUGAUGGGAGUGUGGUUGAGUUGAGGAAUCUUGUGAACAGGAACAAGGCGUUGGUGUAUUUGAUUGGGAAGGAUUAUGUGUCAGCGGUCAGGGAGUAUGAGGUGUGUAUCGAGAGGGAUGGUAAUGAUGUGGUGGCCGUGAAUAACAAGGCAUUGUGCUUGAUGUAUUUGAGGGAUUUAUCGGAUGCGAUUAAGGUGUUGGAGAAUGCGCUUGAGCGAGCGCCCACAGUGAUGUUGAAUGAGACAGUGGUGGUGAAUUUGUGUAGUAUGUAUGAGUUGGCUUAUGUGAAUCACUCGGAUAUUAAGCGGACGUUGAGUAGUUGGAUUUCUAGGGUUGCGCCUGAUGAUUUUGAUUCAUCUUGCAUGAGGAUUUGAGGUAAUUAACUGUGGUUGUUGAAGGAAAAAAAAUUGUGUUUGGAUAAGAUAAUUUUUUGAAAUGUAGGAUGAAAUUGUGGAAAUUUUUUAUAAUGGAGAUAGGAAUUAAUUGAGAAAUGGUAGCAAUUUGUUGCUGAAUUGACAUUAGAUGUAUAUGUAAUUGUGUGUCCGUGUAAUAAUCUAUGGGACAAUAAUAAUGGAUGAGAUGAGUUUUUGAAAUGUA